AUGCCAGACCAGAAACAUCAUCAUGGGAAAGUUAGUACUGCUUCUGCCGACUCCUCCAGAGCCAAUAAUGCAAAUGAGUAUUCGGCACAAGCAUCCUCACAAACACCAUCACAGAAAAAUCGAGCAACAAGUAGUAGUAAGGGCAGUAUUGAAUUAUCAAAUGUUGAGGCAAACAGAGCAAGCCAUCUUCAGAGACCCAUAGUAACAGACUCUACACUUGAGAUGGAAGCUUCACCAGCCGAUGUACAUCAUGAUAUGGAGCCCAUUCAUAUUUCCGCUGCCUUAGAUGAGGAUGAUGAUGAAUUUACAAGUACUUCUCUCUCUAGUAACAACAACAUGAAUCACAGUGAAAAAUACAUAACCGAUUUAAUUCUGGACGAAGAGGAAUGGAGAAAGCAAUUAGACGAAAUUCAGAAAGAUCUAUCAAUACCAAAACACAAUGAAUCUAAAGGUUCAGAAGCUGUUGAUAUCUCAUCAUCGUCAGAGUACGUGGAUCAUCAUGAUCGUUCAUCCAAGAAUGAGUACCUAAAAGAAGUUCAAAAUCUAUUGGUAAAGAUCAAACAUGAACGAGAGAAAACUAGCCCACUCCGGGAUCAUCACUUCAGGACAGACAGUGUUAGCACAAGCAUUCUUUCCAAGAUGAUGAGAAAGAAUUUGGACGACGAUUUGGAGAAUGUCAUUGAGGAAAGUACAAGAUUAUUGAGGGAAGAACUUCCCAUGUUUUCGUAUGAGCUUAAAUCUCCUAACACAUUAGGAUUUUCGGAGUUAGUGGUAAAAUCGCAACGAGAAAAGCGUCGUAAAUCACCAUCAUCCUAUGGUCUUCAUCAUACACCAACGCUUUCAAAACCGGUGAAUGAUUUUCCUUUUCACUUACUUGAAUAUUCCAACUAUGACAUCUCAAGAGGAGUUUUCAAAGAUAGCAAUCACAGAAGGUAUCACUUCUCUUCUAGCCACGAAGAUGAAGACGGAGACGAUCUUUCAACGAAAUUCUUUCCUCAUCUUAACGAGACCAUUCAAAAGGCGACACCGAGUAGUAGGAGACGCCUUAAAUCUAACAUUGUGCAAACCAAAAAUACAGGGAUCACAACGCCAGACAAGAGAGAAUAUUAUGCGAAUUCUACAGAAAUUCUGCCAAGCAAUCUGACGAGUAAUCACAUCUAUGAGACCGAAGAUGAUAACUCUCCCAAUAAUAAUAUCAACAAUUUCACACCAAAGUCGUCUGUAUCCUCUACUAUUACUGAACAGUUAUCACCAAUCACAGACCUUUCUCCAUCUAUACCACUGGUAUCAAAGCCCAUAAAUGACGAAGUAACAAACUCCUCAUUGGCAGAAGCUGUUAAACAGGACGAGAAUAAUGAUAAAGAGACAGAUAGGUUUGUCACCGAAACAGUGAUCACGGUGAUGCAAACAAAAGAAGAUGAACUUUCACUCAUUGACAGAGAUUCCUUUAAGGACGAUCAAUUAUUGGCUUGUGACAAGAGUAUUCAAGAAGACCACCUUAGAACAGAUGCUGAAUCUCUACCUCAAGAGCCACUAGAUAUCGCAGAAGAUAAGGAAGACGACGAAAAUAACGAUUCAGACUCAAUAUCCAAUAAGGUUGAUCCAUUUAACGAUCAAAUUCAUCAUGAACUUUCUCCGAAACCAUUGGACGAGCCUGAAAUUGUAUCUUCUUUGGAGACUGUGCCACCUGAGGUCACAGAAACAUUGGAUGACGCACAAGAGUUGAAUAAUGAACAGUGCUGCUCUCCAAAUGAGUCAACGCCUGUCAAUGAUUCAUACAACAUCACUCAUCCUGGAGAGCAAGAGAAGCAACAUAUUAGAGAGUUAUUGAUCGUUUCAACUCCGAUAAUUACUGUAGAACCCUCAUCAACACCACACAAUGAAAUAGUUUUGAGCACACCUCUUGAUCUUGUUGACGAGGCCACCAGCACCGAUGACAAUACUGAGGUAACCCCAACACCUCAAAUGAUAUUAUUUGAAGACAAGGGCACAUCUCCAGAAAAAUUUUCUGAUGAGAACAUUUCUGAUCAUGAUUCUUCAAAGAAAAUGCUUUCUCAUAACGAUGACCGUGUUAAUUCAGAAACGGAUGAAAAUCAUGAAAUUGACGAAGAAGAUCUUUUAAACUCUUCUCAGGAUUACAUAUAUGAUAUUUCAUCGCUAAGUGGAAUUAAAUUGGAGAACUUUCAUAAUUUAGAGUUUCUGGAGCCUGAAGGAGAUAGUCCCAUCCACCAUCAAGUGGAAAAGUCGAAAGAGCUAACCACUGCACGACAUGAUGAGGAUAGAAAGCAAGACCAUCUUGAGGAAGAGCAAGAUCGUAUUCCAUCAUGCUCAAAUCAUUACCGUUCUGAAAAGCACCCAGAGACAAGCUGCUUCAUCUCAGAAAGUGAAAAAAAUAAUCUACCAAUCAAGAAUGAAGCAAGAAACACUACAAUUCCUAAAAAGGAGUCGCCAAAGGACCUUAACACCAUUGGAUUUCAAGACAUUAUUCGAUCUCUCAACGAAAGCACACAGUCGAUUCUUAACAUCAGUCACACCUCAAAGGAUAAGAAAGCAGCCACUUCUUACAGUACCACUAAUUUUGCAACUCCACAUAAGACUGACUCCUCGAUACCAACUCUUUUAAUGGAUGACACUGAAAUGCUCCUUUCCCCUAUUUUCCAUGAGAGUACUCACAGCCCAACUCUCAACAACAAAUACAAUACAACCACUCCUCCACAUGGCUCGAGUAGUGUAAACCGAUCCUCAUCCUCAUCUCCAAAUUAUGACAAUAUAUCUACAAGCUCUAUCUCACCUAAACGAAGAACAGUCACCAAGAAAUCUAACAACGCUUCUGAUAACAAGACGAUCCCUUAUUCUGAAGUAAGGCAUUUACAAAAACAAACGUACAAUCACUCUACAAUUGGAUGGUAUCUCAAUUUAUGCAGUGACAAGUAUAGUAGGACUCCACAGCCUUCCGAAAAGUCAUCAUCAGUAAAGUGGGUUUGA